UCACACAUGGAUCGGCAUUUUCUAUAAUGUAUUUCUAUAAUAAAAAUACAUAUCUGAUAUGACUUAAUGGUAACACUUUACAAUAAGGUGUCAUUUGUUAACAUUAGUUAAUGUAUUAACUAACAUGAACAAACAAUGAUCAAUACAUUUAUUACACUAUUUAUUCAUCUUUGUUAACGUUAGUUAAUAAAAAUACAGUUGUUCAUUGUUUAUUCAUGUUAGUUCACAGUGCAUUAACUAAUGUUAACAAACACAACUUGUGAUUUUAAUAAUGCAUUAGUAAAUGCUGAAAAUAACAUUAACUGAGAUUAAGAAAUGCUGUAGAAGUAUUGUUCAUUCUUAGUUCAUGUUAACUAAUGUUGUUAACUAAUGUUAACUAAUGAACCUUAUUGUAAAGUGUUACCGACUUAAUAUAUAAUUAGCAUCAAACAAACAAUAUAAUUCUUAUUCUCAAGGAUUAAAGAUUAAACGGAAAAAAAAUAAAAAUGAUUGCAAAACCAUCAAUUAGGUGGCGAUAUGCACUAAGCAUUAGGCCUACAUGACCUUUGAACAGAAGAAGAAGAAAGAAGCAUUAUGGCGCGCUUAUUCUUAGCGUCCGUUUCCAUAGUGACUCGUAGAUUCGUCGCUCUGUUGAGAAUGUCUUGAGUCUUAACCAGGAACAUACUCUGAGUUGAAUGAACUUACUCCCAGACGCGUUUUUGGAACCACAUACCUCGAGUAAGCAAGGUUUGGGGUUAAUCAACCGAAAGUUCAGGGUUUAUCUGACGGUAAGUUAACCAUGCUUUCUGGAAUACACCCCAGGUGCAAUGUUGAUCCCAGGCCAUAGGGUGUACGAAUAUAAAAGGAUUUUACACCUGACUAAGUGUGAGAGUCUUUUAUGACCUUGUAUUAGUGGAUCAUAAAAGACAAGCUGGACUGUCCCACCUUUAUCUGUAUUCACACACUGUAUUCAGAAUAAGACCUAAACUGAAGACGUCAGUGGCACAAUGUCCUAUUACCAGCCUGUCUAACUUCAUAAUAUGGUUAACAUUCUUGAGAAUAGAGUAAAAAUAAUGGGCUUUUAAGAGGGACAAUGCAUGUGAUGUUGAGGCAUUACACCAUAUUGUUGACUUACCUCAAACAUCUAAUGAGGAAGUGUCCUACUUCUUAUGAUACAGAAUCAAGUUUAUACAAAACAGAACACUGACUAAUUUGUGUUGCACUUUUAGAGCUAAGCUUUAGUACAGGUUAAGGGUGUGACGCUAAAGUGCAGUCAAUAACACGAGAGGCGAUUUAAGACAGGGAGUGAGAGGAACUGCUAGGCGUGCACCACUGCCACCCUGCAAAAACACAACCUCAGUCACACCCAGGGCCGACUGCACCCUUCUCCUAAAAAUAACUGUCCUCUAGGACAGUGGCAGGUCCUAACUGUCUCAACUCCUAAAAACAGAUGCACUUUACAUCACCCCCAGCUAUUUGGCUUGAUUAGGCUGCCAAUGGAUGCCUCAACCUAUAACACCCUCCUGAAGCGAUGUCACCCUGAUAAAACCCAAAGGCUGAGACCUACAGAGGGUAACUGAGUGUUUAACCACUUUGACCAAAGUUUGUCCAUAGAUGUUAAUGAUUACCAGCUGUCUGGCACACCCAGAGCACUCUCUGUUCCUCCAAUGAUAAUGCCUCAGUCCGCUCACCUCCCUGACUCCGUCAAUAACAGCUCAUGCAGGAGACUCUGCUCCCAAGAAUGAGUUCUGUUGCAGAAUAUGCCAUAUUAAGGGCAAAAGUGGUGUACGAUUACAUUAAUUAGGUCUAACAGGUAGCUCUACAGAGGUAGAGUAGACUAAAAGAUGCAAUAGACCUCAGUCAGGUUAGACGCCACAUGGCAUUUAAUGCAGAUGAAAAGAGGUUGUACGGGAUAGAAAGACGUUUCAUCAGUUAAACAAUCAGUAUAGUGUUUGAAAACAGUACAGUCCUUAGAAUGCACUGUACGUCUAUCCCUUUCAGCCUUGUGUUCAUUUCUGUCAAAAACUAAAUAUGGUGCUAGCCUGACUAAGGUCUAUUUCUUAAAAAUGCAUCUUUGUAGGGAUGGAUCAAAAUGGCAAGAUAUAUAUCUAUCUGCUAAACAUACCCAAUAAGCUGGAUGCUCACAAAUAUUUUUUUUUUUAAAUAUUAAAAUAUAUUGAAUAUGUAUUAAUUAAUUAGAAUAAUUUUUAACAAUGCUUCUUUGCAGUAAGGGAUCAAUAUAUCAGGCAGGCCAAUUAAUUGCAAACUAUUUGGCUAAUAUAUUUUAUAUUUAUUUAUUUUUUUUUUGUGUUACACACCUCUUCUGAUUGGCCAAUCACUGCAUUCUGCUGUCAGAUGUUUCUGAAUAAUGACCGUUGUCUGGGUCGUUGCUGUAUAAAUUACCUUUCAUUCUGUAAAUCAUUCUGAAAUGCAACCAACCGACCAAACAAAUCACAAAAUAACCCCUUCACAUCGAAGACCCCUUUAUUACUACAUGCUGGGUCACACUGAUCAUCCUGUUAGGUCCUAUUUUGUGACAGUGACAAGCUGACCAUACAUAUACACACGCAGCUAUAUCUAGAUAUCAGUGUAACUCAAUUAAAAGUUCUAGUACAAGCUUCCGUGCAACAAAAACACAGUAUCAAAUACACUACAAAUGUGACCCCCUCCUUACUUGGCAUCAUGGGAUGUUCAUAACAGUUUUCAGUAGCCUACAGUCUCUUGAUAAACAAUGCACUCUGCCGACAACACAUUGGUAUUUAGCCCUUAACAACUGAAAGAUGAUGACAAAAGGCAAUAGCAUACAGCAUCACAGGCCAGCAACAACAUAAGAGAAUUUCUUCAUCCCAUGCAAAUGCAAGGCUGCUGUCCCUUUAAGAAAGCAGCUAAGAUGGUGUCUCUCCAGCGAGCUGCAUUCGGCGCGCUUCCUUCCUGCCUUCGCCGCUUUAAAACAGCACUGCAGAUAAGCGACGGCUCUGACAGAUGUGCCACACACCGACUUUGUCACAAGUUGCACAAAGGACUGUUAUGUCUUUUCCCCAGUUUUCAACUACAUUUCCCACACUCCUUUCAAACUACACUUCCUAUGAUAACCGGAAGCCUCCGUACAACGGGAAACAUGAAGCGUAUUACUCGUAAUGCCUGUGAUGAUGUGCCCAUCCCUGAAGAACAGGAGACAGAGGGCCAAAGACAACUACACAAUCUGCUGCUGCAGCAACUAGAUACAGAUGUAAACAUUGACAGGUGUGUCGCAAAGAAGAAAUGCUUUGCUCCAGCAGCAGUAUACAAGCCUUUUGGGGAACAGGCAGCUGGUGUGAGGAGUCUGUCCCAGUUCCAGGCUUUGCAGGACGGGGAUCAGGAACUGGCCACUUUGAGAGAGCUGGGUCUUACAGAUGCUGAGAUAGAGCUAUGGAGAUGCAGGGAUCAACCAGAAAGCUCCUUGAAGGGCAGAGGGGUUUGUGUGGCACCUGAGGUGAGGAAUGAGCGUCUGCAGGCCAUCCGGGAUAAAAUGGCAGCACAUGCGGAGCUGCUGUCCAGACCACAGCGUUUCUCAAGCAGUCGGCCACUUUCCCGUAGGGAGAUGGAAAUCGAAAAGGCUCUUUUUCAAGGCAGUGACCGCUGCAGCUUCCUCACUGCCCUUUACCAUAGAGAGGAGGAGUCACCAGUCAGCCAGCAGGGGGCGACAUCCGCCAGCGCAAUGGACCAUUUCUAUAAAGACUUUCUUGAAGACCAGAACAAAAAUGUUGCUGAUAUUUCAGAGCGUUUGCCUCAACCAAAAAUUGUCACUAAUAUCCAGUGUGAAUCUCCAAGCUCUAAACCAGUCCAAUCACAAACUCACACAGUCCAUGAUUCCAGCCCAAACAAAGACCAACACAUAUGCACAGAACCAAGCCCUGUGUCUGACACUGUCAACCAACCUCAGUCUCAAGAAAAAAGCAUUAUACCUAUGAAAAUGACAUUAAGCCAGUCCAUUGGCACAUUAAGUGCAGCUUCUGCCCAAAGCCAUGAUGGGCCUGUUACUGUAAGUGGAAGGAUAGAGGAAAUUUCAGAUGAAGAGAUAAAGAACAAUCGGGAGACUGAAGAGGGUAUACGGAAUAUUCCACGAUUUAAGAACUACCAGAGAGGAACGCCAUCUAAUGUCCUGUGUGUAAAGAACAUGAGUCCAUGGGCAUCACUGGCUCAGCUGGUUUCUCUCUUUUCAAGGUUUCAGAAAGACGACACACAGCCCAUUCUGUACCGUUUGCUGACUGGCCGACUCAAGGGCCAAGCUUUCAUUACAUUCUCUGAUGUCAAAAGUGCCCAGGCAGCUCUAGACUUGUUAAAUGGCUACAAGCUGCUUGAAAAGCCACUGAUCAUUGAGUUUGGCAGAGAGAGAAGUAAAGAAACGGAUGCACAGACUGAUGGACCCUCUGUACAUCCCAACACCCCUUCAGUACAAAAGAACGAAACAUCCUGCAAUGAGAAGCCUGCCUAAAUGUAUUUGAUAGGCUCUUCUUUAUUUGUAAAUAAUAUUGUAAAUGAUUAAUUUCAUAUGCUAUUUAUUUGGAAAUAAAAUCACGUUGAGAAUUUCUGACAGACUGUUCCCAAAACAAGCAUUUCAAGAAAUCGUAAUUCUUCUGUUCACCACCGGAUGUCACCAUUUCUCCAUUACUGAAUACAAGAUGUCAAAACCGCUUGGUAGACAUCAUGUCCUGAGCCAUGAAAGAAUUAUAAAAAGCAUUAUUAUUCUAAAAGACACUCUAGGAUGAUUCUACAAACACCAGCAGCAGCACAGCAUGACUGUACACUAGCGCUGCUGUUUGCUUGUCUAUAAGUUUUACCUCUGCUUUACUGAAAUAUAUACAAGGUUGUGCUCGAAGUCAGUGAACCCUACAUGUACAGAACUCACCAGUUACAUUUCAGUGCGAUGUUUGCCACUCUGUCUUUCCCACAUAGUUACACAUUAAAAUGAAGUUAAAAUCAA